AUGUCAAGCAAGGUUGUCGACUUCGGACGUUUGGUUGAUGAUGUCAAACAAACCGGCAAACCCGACUGGCGUUGCUACUUGGCACCCGAUGAAGUCCACGAUGUUGUAGAUCCGUGCCCGCUUUGCGAUGAACCUAUCGACGCCCCGGCGUCACGAGUUGGGACAUUGCAGGAUACACUGGUCGGCCGGCGGCAGUCUCCCUCAGCACUGAAAACAGGCUUGACUGGCUAUGACCUACUCAAGGCCUUCCUGAAUGAGACAAGCUACAAGAUCUCCGGAUCGUCAGGGGAUCCAACCAAGAAAGCUAACCAACCAACCAGGUCCUGA